UUUGCCUCUAAAUCUGGAUCGCCACCGGGCGUCACGACUCUCCUUCUACGCUCACCCCCACCUUUCCUUUCUCUGUCCUCGACGCCAUAGCGACCUCUGGCACAAUGAGUACCCAUAUGGCGCGGGCGAUAGAGCAAAUCUCUGACAAGGGGCCUCUGCCAGAGAUUGACUUUACUCAACACAAGCUGGAGGAUGGGAAUAUAGUCAGCACUCAGGAGCGGGUUAUCAAAGAUGUCCAAGCACCAGCCAUGCAGAUCCCUACACCAGAGCAGUUCUUCGCAAAUGGUGGCAGGGAUCGUUCGAAACCUGAUGUCGCCUUCCUGAAGAACCACUUUUAUCGUGAAGGGCGGCUAACCGAGGAGCAGGCAAUGUGGAUAUUGGAGAAGGGAACUGAUGUCCUUCGGAGGGAGCCUAACGUCCUCAAUGUCGAUGCCCCAAUAACCGUCUGUGGCGACAUACACGGCCAAUAUUAUGACUUGAUGAAACUCUUUGAAGUCGGAGGCAGUCCGGCAGACACACGAUAUCUCUUCUUGGGAGACUACGUGGACAGAGGAUACUUUAGCAUUGAGUGCGUUCUCUAUCUCUGGUCCCUCAAAAUAUGGUACCCCAACACACUCUUCUUGCUUCGGGGAAAUCAUGAAUGUCGGCAUCUCACCGACUACUUCACCUUCAAGCUCGAGUGCAAACAUAAGUACUCGGAGCGCAUUUACGAUGCCUGCAUGGAGUCUUUUUGUGCCUUGCCCUUGGCAGCGAUCAUGAACAAACAGUUUCUGUGUAUCCAUGGUGGACUGUCUCCGGAACUUAACACGUUGGAUGAUAUCCGUGCGCUUGAUCGUUUCCGAGAACCGCCCACACAUGGACUGAUGUGCGAUAUUCUUUGGGCUGAUCCAGUCGAAGACUUUGGCACGGAGAAGAUAUCUGAUAGCUUCGUCCACAACCAUGUCCGGGGCUGUUCAUAUUUCUUUACGUAUGCCGCUGCUUGUCAAUUCCUUGAGCGGAACAAUCUGCUAUCUAUAAUUCGUGCGCACGAAGCACAAGAUGCUGGAUAUCGUAUGUAUCGCAAAACGAAAACAACAGGGUUCCCAUCAGUUAUGACCAUCUUCUCUGCCCCGAAUUACCUUGAUGUCUACAACAAUAAGGCCGCCGUGCUAAAGUACGAAAGCAAUGUUAUGAAUAUUCGGCAGUUCAACUGCACACCUCAUCCAUACUGGCUGCCAAACUUCAUGGACGUUUUUACUUGGAGUUUACCGUUCGUUGGUGAAAAGAUUACUGACAUGCUUGUUGCUGUAUUGAACACAUGCACAAAGGAAGAAUUGGAGGAGAGUGACGAGGAGUCUAUUAUAUCACCGGUAUCUGUCGCCUCUGAAGAUUCUGUCGAGCGGCGGAGGGCUAUCAAGAGCAAGAUUAUGGCUGUUGGUCGGAUGGCUCGCGUAUUCGCACUUCUCCGGGAGGAAUCCGAAAAGGUUUCAGAACUCAAGAGCGUGUCUGGCUCGAACACCCUCCCUUACGGGACGCUUGCAUCAGGGUCCGAAGGUAUCAAAGAAGCUAUAAGUAGCUUCGACGACGCGCGGAAGUCCGAUAUUGAAAACGAACGUCUUCCUCCCGACUUGUAUGAUGCCCAGUCAGAAGAAGGCAAGGCUAUUUUGAACUCCCUUCCUACCACGCCCUCAGAACACGACGAGACGCCAAGCACGCCAGUUGCCGCCAAUGGUGUGGAAGCGGGUAUCGAGGCAGCGAUUUCCAAUGGCACGAUUACACCUACACAUCAACGCAACUACUUAGCAUCGCCUGUGUAUUCUCCGACGGCCUCUCCUGGCUCGCCGACAUCGCCCUCUGCUGCUCCGUUUAGGAGAGGUCACGGACGACAGGCGAGCUUGGGUACGACAAUGACGAGUCCUAGUAAUAGGCGUAGGAGUUUGGAGAGUACGAUGAGUCUGAUACAGGGUGUCUUGGAUGGCAAGGAAAAUAGGAUUCCAGAGGGGGAUGAGGCCGUUGAAGGAUUGGCUGCACAGCUGGCUGGGUCAUCUGUGGAUAAUAUGACGACAAGGUAAUUUGAGUAUCAUCAAUGGAGCAAUGGAGCCGUUAUUUUAGGUUCUGGACUUGUAUCUUCGUCUCGGGAUAUGUCUUAUCAUUUUCGUUGUUCAUCAUAUAAUUCGCAAACCUCUCGGAGAACUGAC